AGUCUCGGUGGUACUGUGGAUGAGUUUGGGUGUGUUUUUCCAUCCACUGUUCAAGGGGAAAAUUUUCCAAUUUUCCUGACUUUUUUCUACUGAAAAAAAAAAUUCCCACUAAAGUGAAUUUGUGGAAAAACUGCUGAAUUUUUUUCGAGAGGAAAAUUUUGAUUUUCUUUUCAUCUUUUUUGAAGGAAAAAUAAAAGUGAAUGUCGUGAUGUGAAAGAAAAAUUUUGUGAAAUUUUUUUUGGAAUUUUCCUGGGGCUGUGGAGUGAGCGAGAGAGAGAGAGAGAAAAGGGUGGCUUUUUGGUUUAGCCACCUUUUUGUGGUGUUUUGGGGGAAGAGAAUGAGGACAACGAUAAUCUGCGAUCCGGCCAUUUUGGAGUCAUCGCAGCAAAUGGAAAAUCGUGAAAAUCGUUACACAAAGCGAAAACGCACCGACAUCGAUCCGGCCAUGAAUGGGAGUGAUUUUCAGCAGCCGGUCAAAGCAAUGCGGACAUACAUGGGGAAUUUGUACAACCAGCAGGAGCAUCAGUAUGAAUUUGUGAAUGUUAUGUUCGACAGUAAUCUCCUACCUGUGCAGAAUCCAAUCAUUUCCGAGGCGAAUCAGGCAAAUUUGGCGGAAUUCUCAGCCAAUUGGAGUACAACGGAUCUCCUGGAUUUGGAUCAGAAGACCCCAUCGUCCACUGGGACGUUCCAGCCACAGCUGAGCAAUUUUCCAGCUGCAGAUUCGGGUCACAGACACAUCAAGACUGCCGUGAAUAGUGAGCCAAACAAUCAAAUGACUUCGGAGGACAUUGAGGAUAAGAAUUUGUCAUGGCUGUUCAAUUUUAAGCUCGAUGAGCUGCCACAUUUAUCCCCAGAGGUCAAUAGGACACCCUCAUCGAGCGCACCGCGAAGUCAUGCGUCCACAAAGAAGAUCGACGAGAUUAUUCAGGAGGCAACGGCGGGAAUUGAGGAUGAUGACCUCAAUGUGGCGGAAAAUGUAGUUGUGGAAAAUCCAAAUAGAAUCCAAAAGAAGCCACCCUUCACCUACACCGAACUCAUUGAAUACGCCCUCGAGGAUAGGGGAGAGCUCACAGUUUCUGGGAUUUAUCAGUGGAUUUCGGAUCGCUUUCCCUACUACAAGAGCAACGACGACCGCUGGAAGAAUUCCGUGCGCCACAAUUUGUCCAUUAACCCGCACUUCCGGAAGGGCAGUAAGGCACCCCAGGGAGCUGGACACCUCUGGACAAUCUCCUCCAGGGAUUCAGAAGCCAAUAAUUUGGCAUGGGAACAUAAAAAACAGCGUUUGGAGCUGUUUUUCAAGAUGGAGGCAGCACAUUCGCCUGCUGUGGUGCGGCGAGAUGCCGAUGGGGUGUUCGAUGAGACAGCUGCAGCAACAGCAAGCAUCCUGCCACCGCCUGAGAGUAACUCGCCCGAGAAUCACGUGGCAAUGAAGCAGCCUGCAGCAGACUCCUUAGCGGCUUUCUACGCAACGCAGGAACAGCAUCAGAUGCCCUUUGAUGUGACAGAUGCUUCGGAUGAUCUUCGUCGUGUUGCCGGGGAGAUCCUCAAUGGCGUCCGCCGGAACGUCGAGGUGCAAAUUGUUCAUCCGGGCGCUUCGUUUGCCAUUGACACCACCGGGGACUACUUGAACCCCCUGUCAAAGGAUGAAAUUGUCCAGGAGAGUGGAUUGCGCUCAAUGGGCCCCCAUGGGGGACGCGUUAGUGACAUUGGCAAUGAUUACUUUGUAACGGAAAUCGAUCCCAUCGAAUUGGGUAUCAAUAUGACAACCAAUGGGGAGGAGGAAGUCCUCUUUGGGGAUGACUUCAACCUCAACUACUUCGGCAUUGGGACAGGAAGUAACAUUGUUGCCUGACAGAAGACCUAGAAUGCCCAUGGCAGCACACCAUUUAUCACACAUAGCUGGCAAAAUUGAUAGCAUUCUGUGGCUUCGUAAUAACCAAACCCCUCUCCUCCUCUUCCUCCCUCCAAUCCCAAUGCGCCAUCAUGUCUUUUGCGCCCCAUGUAGCCGCCAUUUUUUCGUCUAGUCAACCGUUGGGGUGAGAAUAAGAAGAAUUAAAUUGAAAUCUCCAAGAUUCUUGGAUAUUUCUUGAAUUAAUUUUGAAAUCCUAACGAUCCUAAUUUUAUUUUAUUUUUCCUCCUAAUAUAUAACUCAAAAAAAAAUGUCUGGUGUAAUGUAUAGACGAUUAUAGAGAUUGGUGUAGUGAGGAAAAUACCGAGAGAUUUUGUACUUGAAUGAUAUAAAAGUAUCUCAAUUAAAUGAAUUUCACACUUGAA